UCCCGUAGAAAAAAGAAAGUCUCGCGAACAGUCGCAAUUCAGUACGCAGAGAGUGUGUGAUUAUUGGAUCCCGGCGUCUGUUGAAACUGAUAUUAAAAGUAAUAUUUGAUUAAUUGACAGUUCCUGUACCAUAUGUUUAAUCCCACAGUAUUAUAAAAGACAUGGCAUUUUUAAAGAUGUUAUAAAACAACUGUGAUCUUCAGAGAGGCUAGGCCCAGACUAGUCGAGUAGGACGACGUGUCUGACGAGGAGGCACAGGCAAUUUGGACCAACGAGUGACGGCAGAGAUGAACUUGUGCGCGUGACCAUGGUACAUUUUAAUGCCGUCUAGCCUGCUUAGCCUAAAAUUCAGUAAGAUGGCAGUGUCAAGAUUACUGGGACUGGCCUAUGGUUCAAUGGCUCUAUUUCUUUCCAUUUUGCAUAACGUUUUUCUGUUGUACUAUGUUGACAUAUUCGUGUCGGUUUACAAGAUUGAUAAACAGUCCUUCUGGAUUGGAGAGACCAUAUUUUUACUAUGGAAUUCAUUUAAUGAUCCACUGUUUGGGUGGAUGAGUGACAAGAAGUUUCUGUCCCCUAACAGUUGUAAAGAUAUUACAACCACAGAGGUCAUCAAGCAACGUUUGAGGGCGCUCUCAGUGCAUGGUCCAUUAUUCACGCUGUCGUUUAUGAGCUUCUGGUUCUUGUGGACCUAUCCAGGACUCCAGUUUACAGUUUGUUUGUGUGUAUAUGAUGGUCUUCUGACUAUGGUCGACCUCCACCACAGUGCUUUACUUGCUGAUCUUGCUUUAAGUGCCAAAGAUAGAACAAAAUUGAACUUUUAUAGCUCCGUAUUUGGCGCUCUUGGUGCUCUUUCCGUGUUUUUCUCCUACGCCGUCUGGGACAAAGGUGACCUGGAUAACUUCCGGAUGUUUUGUGUAAUGCUGACUGUUUUUUCCUUUUGCGGAUUUUUUUUCUCGUCAAGAUUCCUGUUGAAAAUAUUUAGUGAAAUACAUAAGAAAGAUGAUCAUUUCCAAAGCUCAAGCUCAGAUAUGAGUGGUUAUGCUGACAACCAACCAGAAGUGUCCUUAAAAGUAUAUGUAAAACAGUUGAGGAAACAUUCCAAUUUUCAAUGGUUUGCUGCAAUGAACCUUGUACAGGUUUUUCACUGUCAUUUCAACAGUAAUUUCUUCCCAUUGUUCCUAGAACAUCUGCUUGGCGAGCAACUGUCUUCAUCAACAGCUUCGCUGCUUCUUGGAGCCUCUUUCAUGGCUCCACAUAUCAACAAUCUCUAUUUUCUGUCAUUGUGCCGUAAAUACGGUGUAUAUACUGUGAUACAAUACCUGUUCUACAUCAAGUUUUCUCUCAGUCUCUUCAUGUUCUUUAUUGGACCAAAUUAUGUUGUAUUUCUCUGCUUAUUUAUUGCAAGCAAUCGUAUAUUUACCGAAGGGACCUGUAAGCUCCUGAAUCUAGUUAUAAGUGACCUUGUCGACGAAGACUGCGUUAUUCACGGUCGUAAGCAAGCCGUGUCGGCAUUGAUGUUUGGGACCACUGCACUACUAUCAAAGCCAGGCCAGACUCUAGCACCGCUCUUUGGAGUAUCAUUACUUGCAUUUGAAACAGGAUAUGACAUCUUUGCCUCCGACCACGGUGGGGCUUUGAAGAUCAACAAUGCGGCUUCAGAAAACGAGGAUCUUCUACGCAGUGGCUGUUUCAACUGUCUAGUUUACAUCCCUCUGCUCUGUGCACUCCUGCAAAUUGUGCUAUGGUCAAAGUUCACACUGCAUGGCAAGAGACUUAAUUGGGUGAAAGAUGUCCGAAGUGGGGCUGCAUGGUAUACAGUUUAAAGUUCAAAGGUCAUUCCACAUAUGUUGACCAAAAAUAGUAUAU